CACAAAAAAAUAAACAGACUUCCUGGAGAGGGAAGAGUCAAACGCUGCACCACUAACGCGGCAGGCGCUAAGACCCCGCGGUGGGCCAGGAGUUGAGAAACUCACCAACUCAUCCCAAAGUUUUUGAGGGGGAGGGGGUUUAAAGGGCGAGGAUUAAAGGCAGAGGGUCCCGAAAGGCGGAGGAAACACUCGGCUGAAAGUACCGGCAAACUUGAUGGCUUGGAAUCGGUGAUCCCGCUCCCUGCAGAUCUGGACCGGGAGCCCCGGGAAGCAUGGAUUCAGCAGCCUCCAACAGACCCAGCUCCAGCAGCGCUGGGGGCAUCCGGGAGUACAAGAUCGUGAUGCUGGGAGCUGGGGGAGUGGGCAAGAGCGCCAUGACAAUGCAGUUCAUAAGCCAUCGGUUCCUGGAUUACCACGACCCAACCAUAGAGGAUGCCUACAAGACGAGGGUCCGCAUCGACGACGAGUCGGCCCAUCUGGAUAUCCUAGACACCGCGGGGCAGGCGGAGUUCACGGCCAUGAGGGACCAGUACAUGAGGGGAGGAGAGGGCUUCAUCAUCUGCUACUCCAUCACGGACCGCCGCAGCUUCCAGGAGGCCGUCGAGUUCAAGCAGCUCAUCUACCGGGUGCGGCACACCUAUGACAUCCCCGUGGUGCUGGUGGGGAACAAGUCGGACCUGGGCAGCCUGCGACAGGUGUCGAAGGAGGAGGGCUCAGUUCUGGCGCGCGAGUUCAACUGCCCGUUCUUCGAGACGUCGGCCGCCCUGCGGUACUACAUCGACGACGUGUUCCACUCCAUGGUGCGGGAGAUCAGGCAGAAGGAGAAGGCCGCUCUGGCCCAGGAGCGGAGGGUCAGGCACAAGGACAGUGUGUGGAGGAGGCUGAAGAGCCCCUUCCGCAAGAAGGGCGACUCGGUGACAUGAGGGGGGGAGGUCGCGGGGGUGGGGGGCGCGGGGAAGGAACCGCAGCCACGACCCCUCUGCGGUCCGCCACCAGACUCCUGCUCUUCAACGCACGAGGCCUAUGGGGUCCAGUCACUGCAACUUAUCUGGUUGAACCGGUACUCAGUCCAUCUCCCCCCAAACCCCCCACCCCCCCACAAUAUCUGCAGCCCCCUUGCCAGUCUUAACCAAGCAACUGACGCAGCAGGCAGCUUCCAUAACAGGCAGGUCGUUCGAAGGCCCAGACACCUCCCCCCCCCCCCCCCCCCCGGAUCGCACUUCUGUUAAUGCUCAUAACAUUGAAAUCACACCCUCCGCAGGGCAGGGACAGCACGGGUUAGACAUAGUGAAGCUCACCCUACACAGUCCUGUCACACACUCCCGGGGUCAGACACAGGGUGAAGCUCCCGCCACACCGUCCCAUCACACACUCCCGGGGUCAGACACAGGGUGAAGCUCCCACCACACCGUCCCAUCACACACUCCCGGGGUCAGACACAGGGUGAAGCUCCCGCCACACCGUCCCAUCACAUACUCCCGGGGUCAGACACAGGGUGAAGCUCCCUCCACACUGUCCCGUCACACACUCCCAGGGUCAGACACAGGGUGAAGCUCCCGCCACACCGUCCCGUCACACACUCCCAGGGUCAGACACAAGGUGACGCUCCCUCCACACUGUCCCGUCACACACUCCCAGUGCAGGGAUAGCACGGGUUAGACAGGGUCAAUCUCCAUCUACACCAUCACAUCAUACGCUCCCAGGGCUGGACAGUGCAGGUUAAACACAGAGUUGAGGUCUGUCUGCACUGUCCCGUCACACACUCAGAGAGUAGGGACAGCACAGGUCAAACACAGAGCAGAGCUCCCUCGGCACUGUCCUGUCACACACUCCCAGGGCUGAGACAGCCCAGCUUAGUUUAAAAACAAAUCGCUUCCCUCAAGCUACGUUCUCCAUUUCUCUUAAAAGCUUGAAAAUUAAAAUCCAAAUGACUGCUUAACCUUUUAACUGCUAGGAAUACACCGAGUUUGCGAAAUGUCUCCAAUUGGGGACCGGUGAUCAUUCUGGUAAAUCUACAGUGCACUCCCCAAACAGCAAACAAAACGUUAAACAGACGUAUUGCCCUUAAGUGCUCUUGGUGGAAUCUCACCGUGCCUUCAUAUCCCGUGGUAUAACAUCUUCACCCCUGAACACCAGUCCUCUGGAUGUACGGCCAGAGAAAUCACGGUUAGCUCAGCGUACCUGACAUUAUAGUGACUGAUAUCUGUGGUCCCCACCACAUCCCCAAACCUUGGCGUCUCAUUGUUUUGACAGUAUUCUGUUCUGUACUUUUUAUGUUUGAAGUAGGAAACCUCAAAUUAAAAACGAUUUGUCACA